CAAAGGGGAAAUACACACGAAGCGCAAAAGUGGGCCAUCACGGACUCGUGGCAUUUUCCAUCCGUACACAAUCGGACUUAUCUCGCUCGCCCAACUUGGCACUGUGCCACUCAACGUGCAGUACCAUGCACACAUUUGCACUGCAGCUUGACCUUCCAUCGUUCUCUUUCUUCACAUAAAAUCGCCCCGGAGCUGCGGCACAGCUGCCUUCAGUAGCGACUUGCGGCGCGCGAACAACAACACCAGCAGCAGCAGCAAUUAGCUGGACAUCCCACAUCACUCUUCGCGCCAUCAUAACAAUGCCUGGCCGUGUGCGCCGCGUGCGCUUCAUCGCGAUCGUUGUAUGCAUCGUCACAACAUUCCUUUUAUACGAGCGUAAUGCUGCUCGCGUGGACCAAUACGCCAGUGUUCUGACGCACACGGUCGGAGGCUAUGGAGGAUCAGUGUUGAGGCCUCAACGCAUUGGUGAUCCGCCGAAGUCUGGUCACGUGGAAGAUCAAGUCAGGAAGCAACAGGAGAAGCAGGAAAAACAGCAGCAGGAUGAAGAGGCGGCUGCAAAGAGACCACAGGAGGGAAACGUCGCUAAUCCCAAGCCGAAGCCAUUGGGAAUCCCACAGCCAGUGGUGACAACAUCUUCCACGACCUCACUUACGACAUCAACAACGUCAACUAAACCCGCUGCGCUACCGGCUGCGACUAAACCACCAACUUCGGGCGAUGACGCGCAGGAGGAUGAUGGCUUGGAACAGCAUGAGUUGGAGACUAUGCUAAAGUAUAGUGCAGGGCAAUUGCCGGAGAAUGGACGAGAUGCGCUUGGUGUUGCCUAUAAGGGGAAACCAGACGAUGGGCGAACUUACACUGUAGAGGAUUCGACUCCUGCUACUGACAAGAAGCCAAAAGCAGACAGCCAGAAGACCAAGAAGCCCAAGAAACCAGAGAUUAAGGAUGAUGAGGAAGAGGCACAGGUGACGUGGAAACGGCAAGAAGAGCAUUUCCCCAUCAGCACAACAAUCGCCUUACCCGCUGGAAGUCCGAAGCCAAUUGCCAGAAUUCAGCAUGGUGGCAAGGGCAGCGUUGAUACAACACGAUUGAACGCGGUCAAGGAAGCCACCAAGCAUGCAUGGGGCGGCUAUCGAAAGCAUGCAUGGGGCGCCGAUGAAGUGACACCACUUUCGGGUUCAAACAGAACGACAUUCAAUGGCUGGGGAGCGACGAUGAUCGAUUCUAUGGACACACUCUGGAUCAUGGGCCUACACGAGGACUUCGAGGAAGCGGUCAAGAAAGUUGCCUCGAUCAAUUUUCAGACUUCGCAGCGAAAUGACAUCCCGCUCUUUGAAGUGACGAUUCGUUAUCUCGGUGGUCUCCUCGGUGCCUACGACGUCUCGGGGCGGAAGCACAAAGUUCUACUCGACAAGGCAGUCGAGCUGGCGGAAGUCCUCUACGGUGCCUUCGACACUCCUAAUCGCAUGCCAUUGACCUACUACUUCUGGAAGCCGGCGUUCGCGUCACAGCCACACCGUGCGCCAUCUGAUAUGAUCAUGGCUGAGAUUGGUACUCUUACACUGGAAAUGACUCGUCUUGCUCAGCUCACGAAAGAACCUAAGUUCUAUGACGCUGUUGCUCGUAUCACUGACGCUCUAGAGGCAUGGCAAGGCAAGACGCGCAUUCCUGGACUAUGGCCCACGCAUAUAGAUGCAAGUGGGUGCGAAAAGCCUGCGCAAAUGCCCGAGUCCGGCAAAUACAAGGAUCUGUCAGUAAAGCAAGGCUCACAAAACGAAAUUUUCAUCACCAGCGACCCAGUGAAGCAUGAGAAGAGAGCUUCAAAAGAUGAGGCUGAAGGUUUGGAAGCUGAUAGGCUCGGAGACUUCUUGGAUACUGUCGCAAAACAAGCUCCAGACUCGGCCGUGGACGACUUCCGUAAGGACGCGGCUUUCAAAUCUGACAAAAAGCUGCCAGACCUGCCCGUGCAAGCGAAGUCCGACAAGAAGGUGCCCGACUUGCCGCAGCAAUAUGGAAAAAGCAUGGCAUCUUCUAAAAGUAUGAUGUCUAGUCUCGAUGGCAAGAGACCCGCCCUUUGGCUUGACGAGAACAUCAUCAGCGGAACAGAAGUCUGCCGGCCCAAGGGUCUUGGAUCUGUCAGCAAGCAAGCAUCGGAGCACUUCACGCUCGGUGGUGCAAGUGACAGCACUUUCGAGUAUCUUUCCAAAGAGUACCUCCUCCUUGGCGGACUGAGCUCGCAAUACAAGAACAUGUACCUGAAGAGUGCUGAUGCUGCUGCCGAGAAGCUUCUGUUCCGACCCAUGACGCCUGGAAACCACGACAUUUUGAUCUCGGGAGAGAUCAGGGUGGAUUGGAAUGCCACCUCGGAGUCGUACGUAGAGGAGCUCAUCCCGAAAGGCGAGCAUCUUACAUGUUUCGCUGGCGGCAUGUUCGCCAUGGGCGGUCGUCUCUUCGAUCGUCCUGACCACGUUGAUAUUGGCCGUCGUCUCACAGAGGGCUGUGUCUGGGCAUACAAUAGCACGAAAUCUGGCAUCAUGCCCGAGACGUUUGAGGCUGCGAUGUGCAAGGACCCCAAGAAUUGCCAAUGGGACGUGGAGGCAUACCACGCCCUUUUGGCUCCGCAGUUCGGUAUCAAUCUGCCGGCGACCCCCGCAGCGGAAGAAGCAUUGCCGCUGCCAGAUGUGGACAAAUUGCUCGCAUCACUCGAUCAAGAAGUAGAAGCUGCUGAGACUCCAUUCGGCUCUGGCUUCGACCAAAAAGAUGCUCCCGCGGGAUCCAAGAAGGAUUCGACACCUGCAACCGGAAAAUCUAAAUCCUCUGGCAGCCAAAACGGAGCAGGCUCUGCUGGGUCUAAAGCCGGACCAUCAAACCCUGGCCUUGAAGGCGCUGCUCUUCCCCUCGACGCGAAUGGCAACGUCAAACCUGCCUUGUCUGCGAAUCAAAAAGGUGCCGUGAAAGCUGCUGGCUCUCCCGCCGAAGCUCCAAUCGUGCCGCCCGGGCAGGGACUUGACGCGCCGGGCCUUCACAAGCGUCAGAUUGUCGACGAUGUUGACCUCACAGAGAAGAGACCUGCUCAGCGAAUUGAUGAUGCCGCUCCCACCACCACCGCCGCUGCACCUUACAUUGCCGGUCCUCCAGCGGGCGCUGCGAUUGCCACAAGCACCUCAUCCGGCGCAGAACCCACCAGCACGGGCAUCGACCGCAAGAAAUAUCUCAAGCUCAUGAUCGAGUCGACAGGUCUCCCUGCAGGAAUGACACGUCUUACCAGCCGAGCAUACAUCCUCCGGCCUGAAGCUAUCGAGUCCGUCUUUUACAUGUACCGCAUCACUGGCGAACAGCAGUGGCGUGACGUCGGUUGGAAAAUGUUCCAGGCCAUCGACAAAGCCACCCGUACGGAUAUUGCGCAUGCGGCCAUUCACGAUGUCACCGUCCAGCCGGGAGCGCGGGACCAGAACCGGGGCCCGCAUUCUACGAUUGGGUAUGAUACGUUGGAGAAGGGGGAUUCUAUGGAGAGUUUCUGGAUCGGCGAGACGCUGAAAUAUUUCUACCUUCUCUUCGAUGACCCGGAAAACUGGUCUUUGGAUGACUGGGUCCUCAACACCGAAGCGCAUUUCUUCCGCCGGCCGGAUGCAACGGCACAUUCGAGCACGACGGGUACUGCUGGUCAGGCUCCUUAGUCUCUACUGUACAUUCGAGGGGAAUAAAAAGCUAUUGCAUUUUUGGACUAUUUGAUUUCUGGAUUCCUGUUUCCUGUCAUCUUCCCUAUACGUUCUUCCUGUCCUUCACUUCCAAGGGACAUUCGUAUGCAAGCGCUGUAAAAUCUGCCAAAUGAUCCUAGCAAGCAAAGUAAAAAGCUGGUGUUGGGAUGAGGACCCGGCAGCGUAGAAGAACAUGAAUUUCGAAGACAUGCUGAUGCGACGAAAGUUUCCGCAACAAACCGAAAUAAAGUUCGAGAAAGGUGGUGAGCCACCGAGUGCGCAGGUCAACAACAUGCCUACCAGCUGGGCGGGUUAUACUUUGACUGCCAUGAGCCGCAGUCGACCCAG